UUAGAAUAAAAUUUGAUUUUUUUUUAUUUAAAUAAGUAUUAAUCUACUCCUAUUUCAUAUAUUUUUAAUGUUUUGAAUUGUUGGAUAUUUGGAAAAAGUGAGUACUCCAGUAGUUAAAAACUGUUUGAACACCGUUUCCAAACCUGGAUCCUCGCUCUCUCCCUCUAACCUCUUCGUCUCUUCGAAAUUUUAUUUUACUGUUUCGAGCAAUUAACUCUGCCAUCUCUUCCAUUGUUGGAGCAGAUUAGCAGAAGGAUCUCAGCAAAAUGUUAUCAAUAUCGAAGAUUUUCUACUCUUCGUGGCUGCGGCAGGCUUCGUUUUUAUUGAAGAAUAAUUACAGAGGAGAUUAUGCUCCUAAUGUAAAUGGAUUUAGCCCUACAUUUCUCAAUCGGCUUUGCACUGUUGCUGAUCCAAGGGUGGAUGAGUCGCCUGCGCUUCCCGAUUGGGUUAGAUUUUCUGGUGAGGAGCCGGAUGAGGCACGCGCUAAGAAGUCGAAGGAGGACGAUUUUGUGCCUCCCUCGGUAUCUUACUGGAUUGAAAAGCACCAGAUUCGUGCUCGAGAUGUUGAUGUGAAAAGCCUAGUUAAUGAUAUUGUUGAGACUGAUAUUGAUAAGGUGAGUGAGGUUAUGAAGAAUCAUCACCUCAAAUUCAAAUCCCCUGAUUCGGUUGUGAGAGCUCUGGAGGGUUGUGGUGUGAAUUUCUCCGAGGAUUUGGUGGAGCAAGUGCUGACGAGGUUCAGCUGCGACUGGAUUCCAGCGUUCGGAUUCUUUAAGUGGGCCGAGACGCACAAUGGGAGCGCUCAUUCGGCUCGUCUUUACAACUUGAUGGUCGACAAUUUGGGGAGGAUGAGGAAAUUCGAUGUUAUGUGGGAGCUGGUGGAAGAAAUGAAGAGCUUGGAAGGGUAUGUCACGUUGGACACGAUGACUAAUGUGGUGAGGCGUCUUGCAAGGGCCGGGAAGUAUGAUGAUGUAGUCGAGGCAUUCAAGAAGAUGGAGGUGUAUGGAGUGGAGAAAGACGUCACAGCCGUGAAUAUGGUGAUGGAUGCAUUGGUGAAGCAAGGAAGCGUCGAGCAUGCUGAACGAGUUCACCUCUACCAUACGGAUCGAAUCCCUCCUAAUUUGCGGACCUACAAUGUGUUGGUCCACGGAUGGUGUAAAACGAGGCAGAUGGAAAAGGCUAAGAAGACGAUUGCUGAGAUGCAGGAGCACGGGUUCUCCCCGGAUUCAGUCACCUACACUUGUGUGAUCGAGAGCUACUGUCGCGAGAGAGAUUUUCGCAAAGUUGAGGCCACGUUGGAGGAAAUGAAGGGGAAGGGUCAGCAACCUAGUGUGGUGACAUACACGGUUCUCAUGAGCGCGUUUUCAAAGGCGAAAGAAACGGAUAAGGCACUCCAGAUUUACGAGGAGAUGAAGCAGAGCGGGUGUUCCCCCGAUGCUGCCUUCUACGACGUCUUCAUCCAUGCGCUAAGCCGAGCAGGCAGGCUGAAGGACUCCGAUGCUGUCUUCGACGACAUGUCGAGGCAGGGAGUUUCUCCCAAGGUGGCGACGUACAACACGCUCAUCCUCAUCGCGGCUAACGGGUUGCAGGAGGAGAAGGCUCUCAACAUACUGAAGAGAAUGGAGGAGGAUAAGUGCAAGCCGGAUCGAACGACCUAUGCGCCGUUGUUGAAGAUGUGCUGCACAUUGAACAGAAUGAAGGUGCUCACCUUUCUGCUGAGCCACAUGUUCAAGAACGACGUCGGUAUGGAUCUUGGGACGUACUCGCUGUUGGUGAGCCGCCUCUGCAGGAACGGGAGGCUCGAUCGAGCUUGCAUCAUGUUCGAGGAGAUGGCGCGGAAGGGGUUCGUGCCCAUGGAUUGCACGUAUAAGCUUCUUGUUAAAGGGCUCGAGAGGAAAGGAAUGCUCCAAGAGAAGCAACGAGUUGAACAAAUUAUUAGUGGCCUGAAUAUUGGAAAUGUGUCGCAUGAAAAUUACUAAAUUAUUUGUUGCUUAUUUUCUAUACAGCGUUACAAAAUAUGAACAAGCAUAGGGUAUCACUUGACAACGUCUGCUCAAAAUCAUUGGUUUCGUCAAUUAUAAUCUUAUUAGUUUUAUUUAGGGGAGAAAUGUUUUGUAAACAUUAGUCAUCGUUACCAUUAUUUGUUUUGUUUUUAUACAUUCAUAUUUA